AUGUACAUUGCUGGUUCGAUGGCUGCAAACAACGGGGACGCCGCCAAUCGCCUGGCUGCAGACGAGCAGUUUGAAGACGAAGCAUACGACUCCCCGUCAUCUACGACUUCAACAAGCUAUGUGACUUCAAUCCAGUCGUACAUCCGCGAAGGUAUAGAAGAGAAUGGUCGGAAGUAUCCAGCCUACGGCAGAAAUCUGUAUGGGCUGCCCAUCGAUGAGGAAGAGCAAGAACGCAAUGAAGUACAGCAUACCAAAUUCAAACUCAUCAUCGGCGAUCGGCUACAUCUUGCCCCAGUCCGGCAAUUACCGAGCAACAUUCUCGACUUGGGUACAGGCUCUGGAAUCUGGGCGAUAGAGGCCGCCGAUAAAUACGAGUCGGCCAUUGUCACCGGUGUGGACAUUGCUCCCGUACAGCCUACGUGGAUUCCGGCCAACUGCAAAUUUGAGGUUUUGGAUAUUGAAGACAAUUGGAUGUUCGCUGAAAACAGCUUCGACUACAUCCAUGCUCGCGAGCUCAUCAUGGCGAUACGGGACUGGGACCGGCUGAUCAAACAGGCGUAG